CGUGCUCAAACUUCUCAGAGGUUUCUACCUUCUCGUCAACAUGUCUUCAUCAGAGGCUAAUAAUGGCCCAAGCCAAGCGCCACCUUAUCCAGGUGUACCGCCCUCAACAAUACCGCCCCCAUUUAUGGGACCACCAGGAAUACCACCUCACUUUCCACCCAUGGGAAUGCCCCCUAUGGGACAGCGACCUAGCAUGACUCCAAUGCCACCUGGCAUAAUGCCUCCUGGCAUAAUGCCACCGAUGGGGGCACCACCAAUGGGACAGAUGCCAGGCAUGAUGCCACCCAUGAUGCCAGGGAUGAUGAUGCCUCCUCGCAUGCCAGCUGCGACUGUACAACCAACGGGACCGCCUGGUGUUGAUUCCACAGCUGCUGCACCUGGAACAUCUAGUACUACAAAUGGGUCCCCACAGGAAGAACAGCCAAAGAAGAAGUCCCUGUGGACAGAGCACAAAUCACUAGAUGGGAAGACCUAUUACUACAAUACAGAGACAAAACAGUCCACAUGGGAGAAGCCAGAUGAGCUCAAAUCUCCAGCAGAGCAAAUGCUGUCUAAAUGCCCCUGGAAGGAGUACAAAUCAGACACAGGCAAGCCUUAUUAUUACAACUCUCAGACGAAGGAGUCCAGAUGGACCAAACCCAAAGAGCUGGAGGAUCUGGAAGCUAUGAUCAAAGCAGAAGAGAAUGGAACGGCAGAGACAGCAGCCCCCGGAACCACUGCAGCUCCAGCAGUGCAAGCAGAUAAUACAGCUACUAUGGUGACCGUAACAGAGGUAGAGACAGCAGCAGUACUCUCAGAGGAACACCAGUCUCUGGCGACUGUUCAUCCGACAGCUGAGGUCAAGACUGCAGAUGCACCUGUGGUGUCCUCUGAGAGCUCAGUCGUCACAGAGAGCACAGCCAGUGUUGAGGUGAUAAAAGAAGAGGUGCCUGAACCUCAGAAGAAAACUUACAAAUGGAACACGAAAGAAGAGGCCAAGCAGGCGUUCAAAGAGUUGCUGAAGGAGAAGGGUGUGUCAUCAAACUCCUCUUGGGAGCAGGCCAUGAAACUGAUUAUCAAUGAUCCUCGAUACAGUGCACUUCCUAAACUGAGCGAAAAGAAGCAAGCGUUCAAUGCCUACAAAGUCCAAACAGAGAAGGAAGAAAAGGAGGAGGCCCGAAUUAAAUACAAAGAGUCCAAAGAGACUUUUCAGAGAUUCUUGGAGAACCAUGAAAAGAUGACAUCUACUACCAGAUACAAGAAAGCAGAGCAGAUGUUUGCUGAGCUUGAAGUGUGGAGUUGUGUUCCUGAGAGAGACAGACUGGAGAUCUAUGAAGAUGUCUUGUUCUACCUCGCUAAAAAAGAGAAGGAGCAAGCCAAGCAACUAAGAAAGAGGAACUGGGAGGCUCUGAAGAACAUCCUGGAUAACAUGGCCAACGUCACGUACCGCACCACCUGGUCUGAGGCCCAGCAAUACUUGCUGGACAACCCCACCUUUGCAGAAGAUGAAGAGCUGCAGAAUAUGGAUAAAGAGGAUGCCCUUAUUUGUUUUGAGGAGCACAUCCGGGCUCUGGAGAAGGAGGAGGAAGAAGAGAAACAAAAGACUCUUCUCAGGGAAAGAAGACGACAGCGCAAGAACAGAGAGGCCUUCCAGAAAUUUCUGGACGAGCUCCAUGACCACGGCCAGCUUCACUCCAUGUCUGCUUGGAUGGAGAUGUACCCGACCCUCAGCUCAGACAUGCGUUUUGCCAACAUGCUGGGCCAGCCUGGUUCUACCCCAUUAGACCUCUUUAAAUUCUAUGUGGAAGACUUGAAAGCCCGUUACCACGAUGAAAAACGAAUAAUCAAAGACAUUCUCAAGGACAAGGGAUUCCUGGUAGAAGUCAACACUAGUUUUGAUGACUUUGGGUCAGUCAUCAGUUCAGACAAGAGAGCCACCACGCUGGAUGCAGGCAAUAUAAAGUUGGCUUUUAACAGCCUACUGGAGAAGGCUGAAGCCAGAGAGAGGGAGCGAGAGAAGGAGGAAGCCCGGAAGAUGAAAAGAAAAGAAGCAGCUUUCAAGAAUAUGCUGAAGCAGGCCACACCUCCACUGGAGCCUGAGGCUACGUGGGAGGGAGUCCGAGAGAGAUUCUUAAAAGAACCUGCUUUUGAGGAUGUGACACUGGAGUCGGAGAGAAAAAGAAUAUUCAAAGAUUUCAUGCAUGUUUUGGAGCAUGAAUGCCAGCACCACCACUCCAAGACAAAGAAGCACUCAAAGAAGUCCAAGAAGCACCACAGGAAACGAUCCCGCUCUCGAUCAGGCUCAGAGUCUGAGGACGAGGAGUAUCACAAGAAGAAGAAGAGGUCACAGUCCAAAUCUCCCUCUGAACACUCAUCUAGUGGAGAGUCCGAGAGAAGCUAUAAGAAAUCCAAGAAGCAUAAGAAGAAGGGCAAGAAGAGACGCCACAAGUCUCAGGCAUCACCAGAUUCUGAUACUGAGAAGAAAGGAAGAGAUCGUGAUGGGAAGCGUGAAAAGGAUGCAGACAAGGAUAAGGAGAACGACAAAUCCCGGGGAAAAUCUCGUUCAGAUUCUAAACAAAAGUCUCCUAAACGGAAAGCACCUAAAGAGGAGGGUGGCUGGGAUACAUCAGGCAGUGAGCUGAGUGAAGGAGAGCUGGAGAAAAGGAGAAGAACUUUACUGGAACAGCUGGAUGCGCCUUAAAAAUACUUCUGCUUCUCUGUUCUUAUAUUUCCAUAAACAUGCAUUCCCUGCUGGCUCAUGUAUCUGGCUGUGCUGGCUCCCCUUUAAUGGACUGAGAAAACACCUCUGGGAAUGUACUACACUGUUUUUACACACUUAUUUUGUGACUAAUUUGAUAUUGGGAAACUUGUCAGUUGAAAGGUAUCCAACUGUCUGUUAGCGUCAGGUGUUUUCUUUAGGUGGCUGUAGUUGUACAUGUUUUCCAUUGCCAAUUUUCAAUUAAAAGCAUAUCCGACUGUCUUUGGAAGAAUAAUUUGAUGUAAAUCCACUGCCCCCAUGUUCUUGAGAGGAUUAAGAAGGUUUUAAUUGGUGCAUUUUUUUUUAAUAGAUACACUUUAGGUAAAAGUAAUAAAUCUUUUCAAUGGAUACUGAGUCAGUGGCAAUGCUUGUUUUUUUUUUUUGUUUUUGUUUUCAUUUGUGUUCACUUUUGUAAAAUUUGAGAUGGGACCACCAGCCAAACCCACCAACAUGUCUGCAUUAUAGCCUUCAUGUUUUCUUAGUAAUGCCACCAUCAGAUGCUUUUAAAAAAAAGUGGAGAUAACCAACGAAGCAUGUCAGAAAUAGAUUGGCGUUCUCUAAGGACCAAUUGGUGGGGGGUUGUUGUAUUUCAAGCUUGGCAAACAUCUCACCAAUAAAUCAAAUAGUUUCA